UUGGGAUGUUUUGUGUUGCUCUGGUGAACAUCUGAGCGUUUCUUCCUGUGGUUUUGUCUUCCUCUGGAUUACUCUUGGAAUGUUUAUUGUCUUCGUGAUAUUAGAUAAAAACAGUGAUCACAGUUCACACCUGCAGUGAAGCCCCUCCCACAACAAUUCACCAAUAAAUACUGGGAAUAUUCCCAUCAUCCUAAAAGAGAAGGACAAACUCCAGGAGUAGCAGCUGAAAUCUGUGUGACUGUUAAAGAUGGAGUUUAUUAAAGAGGAGAUUGAAGACAUGAAUGAUCCAGAACCAUCCAGAAUAAAAAAUGAAGAUACUGAGGAACAAAUAGACCAGGUGAGAGUGAAAGAGCAAAGACAAGAACUGAUUGAAGAGGAGGAGGAACAUCGUAACUUUACAAUUCAAAGAAUAAAAGCCGAAAAGACGCACACCUGCAUUUUCACAGAGAAAGGACACCUUAACACACACAUGAGAAUUCACACUGGACAGAAACUAUAUACAUGCAAUCAAUGUGGAAAGAGUUUCAGAAAUACAUCAGGUCUCAGUGUUCAUAUGCGCGUUCACUCUGGAGAGAAACCGUAUACAUGCACUCAGUGUGGAAAGAGUUUCAGACAUACCUCAGGUCUCAGUGUUCAUCUGCGCAUUCACUCUGGAGAGAAACCGUAUACAUGCACGCAGUGUGGAAAGAGUUUCAUACAUAAAGGACACCUUAACACACACAUGAGAAUUCACACUGGAGAGAAACCGUAUACAUGCAAUCAGUGUGGAAGGAGUUUUUCUCAAUCAUCAACUCUCAGUGUUCAUCUGCUCCGUCACUCCGGAGAAAAGCCAUUUUACUGUGAUCAGUGUGACAAAGAUUUUGUUUCAUCAUCAAAUCUAAAAUCACACCUAAAAGUUCAUUCAGAUGAGAAGCCUUAUGUGUGUUCUCUCUGUGGAAAGAGUUUUUCAAGGCUGUACAGUUUUAAACUGCACCAGAAAAACACACAAUGAAGUGAGAGAUUAUGUGUGCUUUGACUGUGGGAAGAGCUUUACUACAUCUGGUGAACUGAAACUGCAUCAAAGGAUUCAUACUGGAGAAAAACCUUACAAGUGCUCAUAUUGUGACAAGAGUUUUACUCGGUCUGCACACCAGAAAUCACACGAGCGAGUUCACACUGGAGAGAAGCCGAACGAUUACACCGAUCAAGUAAUCUAGUAACUCAUAUGAGAAAGCAUUGUUCUGUGUCACUGUGAGCUGUGUUAGAUUCACAUUAAGUAAAUGUGUAGUUAGUUAACUAAUAAACUAGUGUUGCUGUGAAAUGCCACAAGA